AUGACCACCACCACCCCCUACACCAAUGCCCGAAUUCUCCACUACCUCCUCGCCGCCUUCGGGCUCACAGUUCUCAUCCUCACCUUCGUUCCAACGCCUCUGCACGACUCGCCCUUCUCCGCCUCCCUCACCGCCCCCCUCACCACCUCCCCCGAAUCAGAAACCGCUCUAAACCCUCUCACCACCACCCCUAUCUUCACUAACCCUAACCGCAACCCUACCAUCUCGAACUCCCAACCCCCAAUCGGCUCCAACGACCUCCCCACCUGGCUAAUCUGGACCAACUCCGCCGCGCCCCUCCGCCAACGCCGCGAAAUCAUCCGCUCAACCUGGCAACGCACCUUCGCCUCCAUCCCCUUCACGCCGCUCUUCGUAAUCGGCGAACCCACCGCGGAAUGGCUUCCCCUAUUGGCGCAAGAAAACGCCACAUACGGCGACCUGAUAAUGAUAGGCGGGCACGGCGACGGCGCCGAAUUCGCAAACACGAUCAAACCAUUCGAAGUCCUUUUACACCUGCGCGACCAGGCCCGCGAAGGAGGAACGAACUACACAUUCGUGACGAAAACAGACGAUGACACAUACCUGAAUGUAGCCCGGCUGUGGGACAGCUACAUCCUCCCGAACGCGGAGGCGGAGAGGACGAUCAUCAGCCGUCCCAUCUGCUUCGAUCGCCCGCACGAAUACCCCUCCGGCCCUAUGUACACGCUCACAUGGGACCUGGUCGAAAUCCUCGCCGACCAGUACGAAGCCACGACCGAAACCGAACGUUUCGAAUUCACCGGCACCGAGCCCACGACCAAAAAGGGACAAACAGGCUACCGCCGUCGCGCGGGCGAAGAUUUCCUCGUCGGCCACUUCUUGGUGGAAGCAAACGAGGAGUUCGGCUACCUGGGCCUGGAUUUCGAGGAGAGCUGCGAUGUCAUUGAGGCGGAGGGACAGUUUAAUGGGGUGACGGAGAGGAGUGUGGCUGUGCAUCGGAUGAAAGCCGAUGAGGAGUUCCUGUGGGUGAGCGCUAUGUUUGGGGAAGGGGGGUUUAAGGGCGGGAAGGUGGAGGGGGUGGAUUAUUUGGCGUUGUUGAGGGGACGGGCGGAAGAGGUGAAGGAGAAGGCAGAAAAAGAAGCAGAGAGGAAGAAGAAGAAGAAGGAGCAGGGGAAGAAGGGGAAGGGUCAUAAUUCAUGA